AUUGGAAAAUGGAAAGUGACACGAGACGGAAACAAUCUUUGUUAUUGAGAGAACAUUUUUCAAAUCACAAUAAAAACCAAGUAAACGUUUAAAGUUUAUUUGAAAUGUGUACUACUAAAAACGGAAUUGAAUAAUCUUCAUUAGCUUUUGUCUAGGAAGGGUGAACAAUGGAGUCUCAUCCCCUUAAUUUGGCACAUCAACAACAUCGUCGUGCUGAAGCUCAUCUAAUAAACAAUCGAUAUGAUGAAGCGAUGCAGUGCCAUCACAAUGCUGCUGAAUUGUUGCUUGACGCUAUGAAAUCUACGACGUCUUCAGUAGCAUUGGAGUCCAUAACACUUCAACACAGCUAUCACCUCAAACAAAAAGACCUUAUUAAAAUCAAGAAAGAUCAAUACGCGCGCGUCAAAAAGGCGAUGGACACUAUCAAAUGCCUUGGCAAGGAUCCAUUCUCAAAUCUUCAGGGUCAUGAGUAUGCAAAGCUGCAAGUUGCAAUUUUCAGAGCUAUAAAUGAAACAGACUCUCUAUUACACUUUUUAUCUAAUGCAAAUGAUAGCCCUGUAGAACAAAGGCUAAUAAGAGACAAAAUACUCCCUACUGGGGAUGUUACAGAUGGUUUUAAGACAGAGAAGACACAUGAAACAGUCAUAGAAGAAUUACGAAUACUGAGUCAAAAUCUGCAUUCUCUAGUCGAACAAUUAGUACUGCAAGUGGAAGUCCUAAAAGAUGAGAAUGUCACAUUAAAAGAGAGGGUGAAUUAUUUAGAAAAAGAGAGAGUGAGGUACCUGAACCUCCCUUCAAGUGACUUUCAUCAAAACUUCUCCACCUUAAGCAUGGGGACUGAGAGUUUGCCGAUGGAAUCAGCACAGAGAGUGCCUGUUAUACCUGUACCAACCACAUCAGCAGGCCCAGUUGACCCUACCUUUGACUUAACAGCUUUGCGAAAUUAGCACUUAAAACAAAUAUUCAUUGACAUAGGGAAUGUGAUUGACAACAUGGAGGAAAGUUAAUUUUAGCCAGUUGCUAGCUAAUUGCAUGGUAAUUGAACCCUGGUUACUAGUCUACUGGAUCCCAAGAAAAAUUGUGCAGCCACUAAGUUUUAUGAAAGCAUCUGUCCUGCCCUAGAGAAUAUGAAAAUAUAUUGGGUGACUGUCAAUAAUAAAAUUAGAAAAUUGUUUUGUGUUCAUUGAUAGUUUUAUUGGUGAAAUUAUUUAUAGAAAUAAAACUCCAGUUUCUUAUA